CGUGUGCUGCAGGUGUCGGCUACCUUCUCAUGUUGGCAGUCAUGACCUACAACGUGGGAUACUUCCUCUCCGUCCUCGCCGGUACCUUCCUGGGCGAGCUUGCCUUUGGCCGUUUCUACCACGACGGCGUCAUGACCAUGUAACGAUUAAACGACCCGGCAUGUUCUCGUCCCAUCUCAUCCUCUAUCGGGCAAAAGGCUUGUUGAUUCUUCGUUUAUGGCACCGGAGCUUGGCGUAUGAAGGAUAUGGUUUGCAUAGAGUGCUGGCAGGGUCCAGCCACAGAAGGGUUCUGGUUUAUACAGAGGCCGACGCAGCAGUCAGCAUGGCCAUAUUAUUAGCGCUGCAAUUAGUGGAGCUGAGUACAAGAUUAAUGACACCGCUGCAUGAAGAGGAAUACACUUUGAUUGCUGUUAUUGCCUUGAGUUCACCUCUCACUGCCAUCGUGGAAAGUCCACCAAAGCGCAUCCCAGCCACGGCAGUGAAUGCAGGGUUCUGUGAGGCGGGGAAUAGGGAGACGACUAGCGUGAACGGACCCUGGACCUCAGCCUAACCAUGGCGCUGGAAAACUUGCUCAUUUGUUCUCACCAACCUUUGAUCAUUCUCUUUUUUGCGAAUUCCCAUUAUUCAAACCCAGUCCCCACGUCUCGAGGUAUCAUGUGCCCC